GUUGCAAAAUUAUUUGCAGACUCUACAACAAUUGCGCUUACUUCAUUUAUUUCACCUUACAAAUCUGAUCGUGAAGCCGCAAGAAAAUUGCAUGAAGAUACUGGAAUUCCAUUUAUUGAGGUUUAUGUUGAUGCACCUCUCGAAGUUGUUGAACAACGUGAUCCAAAAGGAUUAUAUAAAAGAGCCAAAAUGGGUGAAAUUAAAAAUUUCACAGGUAUUUCAGCGCCCUAUGAACCACCAUCAUCUCCAGAACUUCACAUUCGUACUGAUAAACUAAAUUUAACAGAAAGUGUUGAG